AUCCUCUUCCCCGCCCACCACAAUGCCCUCGUCGGCGUCCUCCACACCACCUAAUCUAUCACCACACACUACUGGGCCUCAGGAUGCACAGCCGAGCGCACCUGUUACGAAGAAAUCUCGACGCGGGGCGUCGUUCUAUCCUCACAAUAAUGCAUCGACCAAACCCCCCAAACCUUUCAGUCGGAGUGCGGCGAAGAGAGAAAGUGUGAUGGCUCUUGGGAGCAUAGAGCAUCUGCAACAUUACUUUACGAAGACGGGCAUCCAGGCAAAGAAAGACUCAGAUAGUACGAAGCGGAAAGGAUUGGUACCCGCCAUCGGAGGCUUGCAGCACAUACGAGCCAAUUCAUCUUUAACUAGUAUUCAAGAUUUUGACCUCCCUCCGUCACCGAUUAUUCCCAUGGCCAACCCCCAGACAUUCCCCCCGUUUGUCAGGACGUACGAGACGGACGCACAGAACCUCAAACCCAGCGUUAUAGAGGAUCUCAUCUCCGUCGAGCGCGCGUGGCACAUCUCGUCCAACGAUCCAGAGCCAGAACACGAUCCCUCCUUGCUCGGCGCAGAGCCUUCCUCCUCGAAGUCGCGCUCGCACGCAGAUAUUCUCACCAUUCUUAAGACGACUACACAUGCUAUUCGGUCCGUUCGGAACUAUCAGGUUUCGCUUCCCGAUGAGAAUAUUGAGGUGAAUCGGGCACGAGAGCAGCAGUUCCGACCGACAUCACUCGCCACGAACAAGCCCGCGCCAAAACGCCUUGUCUCGCAACCGAAUGAUCCCACCGACCCUCAUACGCUCAUCCGGAGAUCCGCACUCGAGGUGCUGACCGUACUUCGUGCACUGGAGGAGUCUUCUCGGAUACCACUCUCAGACGAUGCCUACGACGUGCACAGCGACCAUGGAUCCUCCCACGGGGGCUCGCAAGGUCGCGUCGGCUCACCCGAAUCUGACGAGAACGAACAUCACACCGAUCCCUCUUUCGCUUUCUCUGUUGUCGAAGUUCAGGGCCGGAGGGACUCUGUCCUGGUCUGGGAAGACGAUGAGGUUGAUUUCAACCAAAUGACAGAAGAGGAACGACGGGAGCGGUGGGAUGAACGGGUCCUUGCAGGCGGAUGGCUGUACAAGCAAGAUGUUGGAUGGGAUGACGUGAAAAAGGAGCGUGAAGUGGUUGCUCGAUAUCUGGAUUACGUUGAUAAGAUAUUGUUCGGAGGUCCUAAGGGGGAUCUGCGGGGCUGGGUGAGAGAGAUGAAUGCUAUUCUGGAAAAGGAGCGGAAGGAGAGGGACGGAAGGACCAAGGGACGGCGGGUGAGUAGCUCACCUGGAGGGAGUGAACGACACCGAGAACCUAGCGGCUCAAGAAGGCACUCAGCGAUGGGAUUCAUGGACACCUCUCCGUCGUUUACAUUUUCUGACGAGCCCGCGGAGAUGGACUCUCUCCGUGAAGAAGACGAGGAGAGUGAGGGGGAUGAAGACGACGCAGGAUCGACCGUGUCCGACUCCGAUUUACCCGACUGGGCGAAACGCUCAACAUUCCCAAACCCUUCCUCGCCUUCGCAUCCGUCUCUCGCCCGAGCGCACGCGUUGCUUGUAUCCCUUCUUCCUGCUGCCCUGCUCUCCAACCUGCCUCGCACUGCCGAUGAUCGCUCCGAGUUUUUACAAUCUCUUACCACUGGCCAACUUCUGUGCGUGGCUUACAAUCUCGGAGUCCGUCGAUCGAGGAAGCCAUGGGGUUACAUCAGCAAGGACUCCAUCCAUGAUAUCGUCGCACUGGAAGAGCAGGCCAUUGCGACUGACGGUGAAGGAAAGGGUCGUAAGGGAUGGACUUUCCGGCGGACGGAUAAUCUACGCUUGUGGGCUGCCGCCCUCAAGCUUCGGUACAUGCUUCCUAUCAUCGGCCCUGCCCCUCCUACCCUCCCCAAGGGGCCUCCCCCAACCCUCAUCAAACAUCCUUCGUUGUCUUCCUUGACGUCUUCCAAUCCACUUCCCGCAAUAUCCAUCUCGACUGAGAACAUCACUGCUAGCACUACUGCCAGUAACAAUGGAACUCCUACCGGCUCUCGGAACGCCACGCCUGCCGCCUCUCCUUCUCCUUCUCCCUCUCCCUCGCCCUCCAGUAUCAAGUUCCCUUCUUCCCCCAAAUCAUUCGGCUCGAAACCCGCGGAGCAGCCUAUAUAUUUCGACGCACGAAUCGUAGCGCGCAUGGAAGGGGACUGGGAGGUGAUGAUGGAGACCUUAUUGUUGAGAUGGGUGAAGGUCGUCGUAAGCGAGCGCAGGACCGAAUUGUAAUGCUCAGAGACACCGCCUAACGAAGACUCGGACGGCAGUUCUCCAGCACAAGGUAAGUCAAGUGUGGCGCACGGUAAGGAACCCUUGAGGCGGUCCCCUCCAUUCUUUUUGUCAAAUUCCCAUAUGUCUUUUAAUCCGUUUUAAUCACGCUAUACCUGCAUCCCUGCAAUCUGCUUGCAUUGUAAUGGAAAGGAUAAUAUCUAACAGAGUACUCACUUAUGUGGCGAAGUUGUACGAAGGUUGUCUACCAAGCAUUAUGAUACCUAUUCACUCAUACUGUCCCUUUUGCAUUGUUUUGUCGCAUUCAUCUCGUCGUUAUAUGUGAACUUUCUCUGGAUGUGAUGCUUCCUUGAGUCCCGCUUCAAAGUGGGGAAACUGUGAAUACUUGGUGCCACACGAUACCCACGUGACGAAUGCCGUAUUCUUCCGCUCGACUUUUCC